AUGGUCACCUUGACUCUCCUCCCGCACGAGACAAUUCUUGAGAUACUUUCCCACCUGCCGUUGAAGCAGCUCGAGACGGUCGCUAAGACCUUCAACCACCCCAUCACCGACAUAUGCCUUCCCCUCCUCCAGCCACUUUUCAAGUCCAGGCGGGACAGGAAAGAUCUCGUCCGCGCCUUUGGCGAAUUCGGGCAGAGGUUCCCCGUGCCACACGGCCUGGAGUCCCUGGACCUGGAUUCGCCAGUCAGGAAGACUCUCGGCCUGUCGCGCAGGGACGUCAUCAAGCUGCCUCGCCGGAGACGCACCCUCGACAUGGAUUUCAUGGAAUUCCACGGGGACUUCGACUGGCUCAAGCCACUGCCCAAGUCAGUCUCGGAUGACAUGGCCGGCCACUACCGCGGUCCGGCGCUCAUCGGCACGGCGCUUGACGACCUCCUGUCGAGCGCCGAGCGUGUGGGUGUCACCAUCCCGCCCGCCUUCCUCAAGUUCAUGCAGAAUGAGGAACUCCAGCUGCGUAUCCCCUCCCACCAUGCCGGCGCCUUUCACCUGACCUCGGGGGGCUUGCUCAGGAUUCCAAAGGCGCGGAUCGGGGGUCGCGUCGGCUACGCCAUCGGUUUUCUCUCCUAUCUAAUAGAUGGUGUCAUGUUAUACCUUGAACCGGGCAAAGAUGGAAUAUGCAGUGUACUGACGGACAUGGAAGAUGAGUGCCCUUAUGAAGUGGACGGUGUAAACGUGCCCCAUGAAGAAGAGGACUGCCCUUACGUCACCCAGGAAGACCGGGACGACUCAAAGGCUCAGAAGGUGGAGAUCCUGGCGCAUGGCUGCACCCUUGAGCUGGUGGGAAUGGAUUUUGAGACUUACCUGGCCAAUUUGUACUACAGCGAGGUGCUUUACUGGGUGUGCAGACUUGAGGCAGAGCCUGUUCCUGGGCUGGUGGAGUAUGUGAAGUACAUGCUCGUCGAGAGGCGGGAGAUCCCCAAAAAGCCCAAGGAGAUAGAGGACCUGACUGAGGACGCGCGGAGGCAGACGAUUGCAGAUCUGUUACAGUAG